AUGAAGAAUGAAGAUGACGCAGAAAGUAAUGAUGGUUCAACAGGAGAACAAAUUGUAUUAAUUUCAAAGUCAGGAGGUGGUCAUCAAGUUGACAGAAACAUGCUUCUUCGGACCAGUGGUUAUUUCCAUGGUUUGGCGAACAGUGGAAUGAGAGAUGCCCAUUAUAGAGAGCUUACGUUGGAAUGUUUAACAGAUGAAUCCUUAAUAGAAGUAAAGGAUUAUUUAUCAAAGUUGUCAACCAACGUGAUGGAAAACGGAGGUCCUCACCUGAAGUCGUUGAAUGAAGUGGAAGCAGGGUUGGAUGGCGCCUUCUAUCUAUUAAUCAAUGAUAUGAUUGAUGGUGGUCAAAAAGUUAUCAAAUACAUGUCGAAAAAUUUUAAAGAAAUUUCGGAAAGCUGCAAAUCAUUAUUAUCACCUGACGAAAUGUUUUGCUUGGUUGCAUCAGCGGAAAUAAAUAUAGACAGCGAGAUUGAUAUUUUCAAUCUGAUAAUCAAGUGGAUUUCGGAGGAUCAGUCGAAAAUUGCUGAAAAAUUGUUGACCGAAGUGAGGUACAAUCUGAUGACAACCAAUGAAAAACAAAAAUAUACUGCCAUUCUUCAUGAUUUGAAUUUAAAUAUUAGCUGUAUUAAAGAUAAAGAUUCAAAUAUUUCUCGUACACACCAGGCUAAAAGCUUUUUUAAUAUUCUGCCAGUUUAUGAUUUUGUUGAAGCUUGCACGAUCAGUGGUGACGGCACUGAAUCAUCACCAAUUAAAUUUAAACCAUCAAGAAGAAAGCAACCGCCAUUUGAUUCGUUUCGUUAUGCUGCCUGUGUUGUUGACAACUGUUUGUAUCUGGUCGGAGGAGAAACCCGUAAUAAUAUGAUCUCUCGUGAAAGUUUUGUGUACAAUCCGGUUGAUGCAGUCUGGUCUAAGGCAAUCAAGAAGUUAUAUUGUAAACUUGUGCUGAUUACCUUAACUGAGGUGCAAGAUGUUUAA